AUGGGCGAGAUGAGCAAUCAACGUUGUGGCUGGACCGAUCAGCCCCUCCAUCAUUGGUCGGAGAAACCCAGUUUUGGCAGGCUCGGGUGUCCUAGCCGAUCUAGUUCUAAAAAGGAUGGCAUGCCACCAUCACCGUUGCUUCUGAUUGGUCAACCUCGCUUUUCAAGGCUUCCUUCAUGUCAGCUUCAUGACGAACAUAAGCAUAGGAUUCUUGGAGCCCAAGUGGAUGUAAUGCUUCAUAAUUUCUGGUGUCAUGCAGGUCAACAACCUCCUACUGCUACUACGUCCAAUUCAACGAGAACUCUUAACUUCAUGGUUUUCAACAUACCACUUGUCGUACUUGGGAUCUGUGUCGUUCUUCUUGGUGAGAGUAAUUCCGACAUGGAACAUAGUAUUGUCAAAUUGAACAACGACGGAAGUAGUGUUAGAAGCGGCAGCAGAUUCUUCUUCCUUGGCCAUUUGCAAGAAACUGAAAGUCAGUGCGGCGGCUGCGGAAUUCUUGCAACGACAGUGCAUGAUUAUGCAGUUCAGCUAUGCUUAAUAUUGUGCUGCAAUGUCGGUGUGUUGGGUUCUAGCGGUGGCAACGCUUUGAGUUCGUGUGGUGGUGGUGCAGUGGAUUUAGUUAAGGGUUUUCCUUUCUUUCUUCAAUGCAACUCUGGUGCCAAGAAGAAGAAUACUAUUUGGCUAAUAUUAUUUCAUAAUAUUCAUCUCACAAUGAGAUAUAUAUAA